GCUAGAGCUACAACAGCCUGAUUUCCCCGAAAUGAUGCUCGCCAGCCAGCCAAUGAGCGGAGGGCGGAGCCUCGCCAGCCCUCCGAGCGGAUGGUGAUUGGUCGGCAGGAGCCGUUCUGGCCAAACUAAUGGGGAAUCCCGGCUGCUGCGAGGAUAUACCGAGGGCCCGCGCCACAGCCUGCACAAGUCGCCGCUGGGUCGCAGGAGGCGGAUCUACCGGGGUGUGUCUGCUCCCUCUGCACCUUUGCAAGGCUGCGCGCUGGGGACCGGAGCGCAAGACAACAUGCCAGUAACAAGACUGCGCAUGAGGCCAUGGCUGGAGAUGCAGAUUGAUUCCAAUAAAAUACCGGGUCUGAUGUGGAUCAACAAGGAUAAGAUGAUGUUCCAGAUCCCCUGGAAACAUGCAGCUAAGCAUGGAUGGGAUCUAGAAAAAGAUGCCUGCCUUUUCCGAAGCUGGGCCAUUCAUACUGGGAGAUACAAGAUAGGUGAGCGAGAGCCCGAUCCCAAAACUUGGAAGGCAAAUUUCCGCUGUGCCAUGAAUUCACUGCCUGAUAUUGAGGAGGUGAAGGAUAAAAGUAUCAACAAGGGCUCCAGUGCAGUCCGGGUUUACAGGAUGCUACCACCCUUAACAAAGCUUCAGAAAAAAGAAAGGAAGUCAAAGUCAUCUAGAGACUCAAAAAGCAGGAGUAAGAGAAAGUCACAUGAUGACCUGAGGGUGGAUGAGGCAGUCGAAGCACUGAACAACAGUCUACCAGAUGACCACAGUGGUUAUACAGUUCAUUUUGCAGAACAGGAAGUGGAGACGGAGAAUGCCUCCAUCACCUUAGAUCUCUCGCCAUGUGAUAUGACCGCACUGGCAGAAUGGAGAAAUCCAAUGGAAAUUGCAAUGGCGGACAGCACAAAUGACCUUUACCAGCUUCAAGUGUCACCUUUAGCUUCAUCUUCUGAAGUAACAGAUGAUGAUGCAGAAGAAAUGAAAGAGCAACUUUACAAGCUGUUUGAGCAACAGGACUGGCAUACAACCAGUGUUGGUGGGAAAGGAUAUCUUACUAAUGAGCCCGGCACACAAAAUAUCUGCAGCAACUUCAGCUACAAGGAGCAAGAUUCUGAAAUAGAUACAACCUCAGGGGAAAUAGAGUUCAGAUUUUGUACCGAUCUGAAAAACAGUUUAGAAUUCUCCUGGCUGGAUACAGUUCGGUCUAGUGGUAUACAAGUCAUUCCUUGUAGCUUGUAAACCUCUCUUGCUUCUUCGGACUGUGAACUGUUUUACUUCUCCUGUUCCUUGUGAAGGUGAACAGAGUGUAGUUACUGAUGGUGUGAGAAGCAAGAACUUCUACUUUCCGUUUAACUUCUGGGACUGAAGAGACCAAGCCAUGAAAACUCCAUUAUUAAAAAACAAAAUAAAAAACCCUUCUCACCAGAACUGUUUGCUUUGAAGGCCUAUGAAACUUAAAAUUGCUUCUGAUGUGAAGCUGUUCCCACAUUAAUGUGAAAUGGGGUUCUGACUUUUUUGUUGGGAUACAAGUGAAGGGCUGUCAGUAGAAGCUGAACUGGGUUCCCCAUUUCUCUCUCAUGUCUUUAUAACUGAAAAGCACUGCGUUGGGAGGAAACCAUCUACCAUCUCUUUUACUGUCCUUUACCAAUCUGAUGCUUAGGGGGCACAGGGCAAAUGUGCCUGUUCCUGUUAGUUCAGGUUGCCACAUACCUGUGUAGCACUAGUGAAGUACUUCUGAGCUUGUUGACAAUCAUUACAGAUUUUAGGAGUCAACAACAAUUGCACUAAUUGACCCCCUUUCCUUUGAUUGCUCCAGCACACAGCUGAUUGAGAAAUUUACUUCUGUAAAUAUAUUUAGUCCAAGAAAAUGUGAAAAUCAGCUACAUGCUUUGCUUCCAUGUAUUACAGUUAUUCAGAAGAUCUGCUCAUAAGAAUUAUUCUGUUGCCAUUAUACAUGAGGUAUGCCAGUUGUUCGUUUAAUAAUUAUGAAAGAGCUGCCAUACUUUGGACCCAUAAUUAUUUGCACGGAUGGGCAUAACACUUUAUUUAUACAGGACCUUUCAUGGCAGCCAACAGAAUGCUCAUCACUGCAAUAGAGUACAUAGACUACUGUGUAUAAUAUAUCCCCAAUGAGCUGAGAGAAGAUCUUUAGAGAACCAAAGAUAUAAGCCUAUGCAGAGUAGUACAACAUAACAGAAAGGAGGGAGGUCUUUUGAUUAAUGUUUAAAUAUUUGGAAAUCCAUCAAAUCACUAAUUGUAACUGAGCAUUUUCCUGUACAUAGUUUUGUAUAUAAAGAGUGUUGUACAUUUGUUUUAAUAAA